GAAGCGUCGGUUAGUAAAUUGUUAAUUCGUAUUUAAUUUUUUAUGUAUUUCGUAUAAAAUUUGUUUGAAAAAAUAUGUCAAUGUGCAGCAUAUAUGUGUGCGUGAUUGUUGUUACCAUGAGUGCUCAGAAAUCAAUAAACGACCAUUAAAAAGUCGAACCGAACAUAACCACCAAUUGAACUUUGAUUUUGAAGCUUUGGUUGUGUGUGUGUGCAAUUGAAAAACACGAAAAAAAUACAACUAAAUUACAUAUGUUUUAAUAAAUAAAAUGAAUUUAUAACUAAAAAUUUAGUAAAAAAGUGCUAUGCUAUUCGAACCGAAUGUACCCUAAAACUUUAGCCACCCGGGGCUUUAUUAUUAUUUGUCAGCUCCAUUAAGAAAAUCUAAAUCUAAUCUAAACGAUAGUAGCAACUAGUUCCGCGCUCUUUAGUGAAGAUAUUCAAUUUUUCUACGUCUCAUUCGUAAACAACAGAGUACCCCGAGUCUUUGCUUUCUGUUUAUUUUUAUCGGGUAUUCCUUCGUGGCCUUCAUAUUCGUUUCGUUGGGACGUUUUUCAUUUCGUUUUCCACGCUCGCAAAAACAAUCAACUCCUGAACGACAACAUUCAUUGCAUUUUGCGAAAUAAAGUAAUUUUUAAUGUAAAUCGUGCAAAACGAAAAUGAUAACUUUAACAAGAAACAAUGCCAAGGAACGCUGUCGGACAUGCCUGCGAAAAUUGAUAAAAAACGAAUUGGAAUUUACCGCAGUAGAUGAGAAUAGUGGUGACAAGAAUAAUUUCAUUUGUAUCAAUGCGAAUAGGGUAAUUCGUGAUUUAUUAGAGAAAUAUGUUGGAAUUGAGGGAUCCAGUGAAGCUAAUCAGGAUGCAGAUUAUCCUCUCAAUGUGUGUAUUGAAUGUGUAAAGCAAUUGCAAACGUUUGAGGCGUUUCGUCAGAAAGCUUUGGACAGUGCGGAAAAAUUGUACAGGGUUUUUUGUGGAACAGCGAAUGUGCAUAAAAUCGAAUUGGACGAUGAUGGUAUGGAAAGUAAGGAAGUUGUGCGAGAGCAGCUUAGUACAGGAAAUGACAAUGAUGUCUUCAAUUUGCUGCUUAAAGACUCUCUUAUGGAAACCGAGGCCAUUUUGCUGGAGGGUAAUGGCACUGAUAAUGUGGCAAAUAGUUUAGAUCCCGAUCCAUUUCAAACAGACACCGGAGAAAAUAAACGGAGAUGCCGAAAAGGGAAACAAAAAGAAAAUAUUGUCGCAGAGAAGACCACCAAUCAUUUGGCCAAGCCCACUCGUAGAUCGAAAAGAGGCAAGGAGGCAGAAAAUACUGAAACAAAAACCGAAGAAGUGCAUUCCAGUAACGUUAUCAAGGAACCAUUGGCAUCGGAGACAAAGCGGGAAUCCCCACAAAAAAAUAAUGGAAAUUCGAAUGAUGAAAAGCAAUUAUCUGAUGAUGACAUUCACGAUUGGCCUUUAGAUUUCCAGGUGGAAUAUAGCGAUGAUAGCAGCACAGAUAAUGAGGUAUUAAGCAAAAGGAUACAACGAAUACGCAAGGCAAGCAAUAGGGAGAAGAAAACAAAGAAAAUAACAAAAAAUAGCCCCGAUAUUGAAAAAGCUGAGGAUAAAUCGGACUCUGAUUGUGUAUUGUAUUCAAAGGAGAAUGGAGAAAAGAAUAAAUGUCCCGAUUUCAAUAAUGAGGAGCACAGUAGUGAUCCGGAAAAUAAUGAUAUGAAUGAUUUUCAACCAAGUGAAACCGAAACAGACGGCUUAUCGUCUGAAUCCGAAUUUGAUGUGGGACAGGACAAAAAGAAAACAAAUUCCUCUUCGACGAAAAAACGUUCAGCAGCUAGUGGUCGUAAAAAGGGCUUGACAAAUAGCUACAAAUGUGAGCAAUGUAAUCGCAGAUUUGGCCAUAAGAUCACACUAGAUGCUCACAUACGAAAGAUCCAUCAAGGGGAAAAGAGAGCCUACAAAUGUGAGUUAUGUGACAAGUCUUAUUCUUUCAUGGGUGGCCUUACAACACAUAUGCGUGAAACGCACGAGCGCCAGGAGGAGGCAUAUGAGUGCAAAAUUCCCGGUUGUGAAAAGAAGUAUACAAGCUAUAUAACAUUACAGCGGCAUGUUCGUGUGAAACAUCUAAUGAGUGAAGUGCCCACACGAUAUGUUUGCGAACAAUGCGGUGCCACAUUUAAGCAAACUUCCAAUUUACGUUAUCAUAUGCGUACACGUCACCCCACGGAGGAUGAUUUGAAGCUGAAAGAAAUCAUAAAAGAACGUCUGGAAUGUGAAAUCUGUAAGAAAUUCUUUAAUUCUCAGUACACACUGAAAUAUCACAAACUACGCAUUCAUGCCGAUGACAAAAAAUACGAAUGCAAAAUUUGUGGUCGACGUGUGGCAAAACAGUUUAUGCUGGAUCAACAUAUGCUUGUGCAUUCCGAAGAUAAAACCGCCUGUAAAUUUUGUGGUCGGGAAUUCGUGCGAAAAUAUCAGGUGGAAGCCCACAUAAAGGCUGUCCAUCAAAAACUCAAACCCUUUCAGUGUCCGCAUUGUAGUGAAAGUUUUGCAUCGCGUAAAACUUUACGCCAUCACAUAUACAUUCACACGGGAGAGAAACCCUAUGUUUGUGAUAUAUGUGGCCAGGCAUAUCGGCAACCAACAUGUCUAAAAAAUCAUCGUAAAAUACACAAUAAAAAUGCUGUGGUCACAGCUGCAGGAAGUGACAAAAAUGUAACUACGCCAACAACAGAUGGUGUGGCAGCAACAAAUACAACAGUUACAGGAACAGGUACUUCUGCAAUAGCCGCUGAUACAUCGGCAAUGAAUAUCAACCGUAAUUUUAUGAAUAAUUUAAUGCAAGGCAAUGAAGAUGCUAUGGCACCUAAUUUAGAUCUGCAAUAAGAAAAAUUAUGUUUUUAGUUAUAUACAUACAUUUUCGAAUGUAGUUUUUAAUUUAUAUGAUGUAAGUUUUUAUUAUUUAUAAUACCCAUAUUUUUUAAUGCAACCAUCACUGUAUAUAAUAAAGAUAUUUGCAUCUUUAUUUCAUAUCAUUUGUAUAAAUCCAAGGCAUCAUUCGUAUAAAUCCAUUAAAUUGUUCUAUGGGAGU